GUGUUUAUAUCGGCAGUUGUUGCGCGUAGCACACAACGCUAAGGGAAUUACGAGCACGAAACCGUCAACAAAGGAAGCAGACACGCCAUUUCUGCUUUUUUUUUAUUUUGUUCAAAAGACACAAACGCUAAUUACAUUUGAGAAAGUGAUUUAAAAAUACCGACGAUUUAAAAAUGUCCACGAAAUUAAUCUUAUACGGCACUAAGCACAGCGCGCCCGUACGAACGGUCUUGCUCACACUCAGCGCACUCGAUAUCGAGUUUGAAUUUCGCGAAGUUAAUCUCGCAGCGAAAGAACAAUUGCGCACGGAAUUCACGAAAAAGAAUCCACAACACACGGUGCCCGCACUCGAGGAUGGUGAACACAUCAUUGUGGACUCACAUGCCAUAGCCGGUUAUUUGGUGCGUAAAUAUGGCAAAGAUGAUACACUCUAUCCUGAGGAUUUCUACGCACGCGCCAUGGUGGACCAACGCAUGUACUACGAGGCAACCACACUGUUCGCCACUUGCUUGAAACAAAUCAUCGGUCCACUCUUUCGAGACAAUAUCACCGAGGUGCCGAAGGAGAAAUUCGAACAGAUACGUCAAAGCUACGCUGUGCUCGAGGCAUUUCUCGUCGAAACGCCUUACAUGGCGGGUGAACAUUUGACAAUUGCCGAUUUCAGCAUCGUUUCGACGACGAGCACUCUAAAUUUCACAUUUGUGCCCAUCGAUAAGGAGCAGUGGCCGCGUUUGGCCGAUUGGUUGACACGUAUGGAGGCGCUGCCUUACUAUGCGGAAGCGAAUGGCGUCGGUUUGAAGGGCUUUGCUGAAAAGGUGCAGAGUAAAAUGCCAAAACAAUAUGAGAAAUUGUGGAAAAAAGCAUUUGUGGAGAUCAAAAGUGGCGAGUUAAAGUGAUGUGAGGGAGUUUUUUUUUUAUUUUGAAAAUUCUUACAUAUGUAUGUAUCUAUGUAUGUAUUCUAUGACGAAGCUUUCCUUUCGUUAUUAUGCUACAUACUACAUAUGUAUGCAUAAUAUGUAUGCACUUCUUGUUACCGUUAUGUUUUAAAUAUUGAAAAUUUUAUAUA